CGCCUGCGCACCCAGCUCCAGCGACCCCAGGUUUUCUAUGGGAUUCCCAGUCUGCAGCAGAGACUUACCCGAGCGUGUUGCGGCUGCCGCUGGGUUUGGAAGGCGCGAUCCAAGAGGGAUUUAAGCAACCUAGAGCGCCAGAGGAUAAAAAAGAGCGUGAAAGAACCACGCACAGAGACGGCUUAACCGUUUGCCCGAAUUAAAUAUAUAUAAAGAACUGUUGAGUGUUGUCAUUUUCGUUAGGUGGCCGUGCACAGCGCUAUAACUGCAGAAUGGGGAAACAGAACAGCAAACUGGCCCCUGAAGUGAUGGAGGACCUGGUGAAGAGCACGGAGUUUAAUGAGCAUGAGCUCAAGCAGUGGUACAAAGGGUUCCUUAAGGACUGUCCAAGCGGGAGGCUGAACCUCGAGGAAUUCCAGCAGCUCUACGUGAAAUUCUUCCCUUACGGAGACGCCUCCAAGUUUGCCCAGCAUGCCUUCCGAACCUUUGACAAGAAUGGGGACGGCACCAUCGACUUCCGAGAGUUCAUCUGUGCCCUGUCCAUCACCUCCAGGGGCAGCUUUGAGCAGAAACUGAACUGGGCCUUCAACAUGUAUGACCUGGACGGCGAUGGCAAGAUCACCCGCGUGGAGAUGCUGGAGAUCAUUGAGGCCAUCUACAAAAUGGUGGGCACUGUGAUCAUGAUGAAGAUGAAUGAGGAUGGCCUCACGCCUGAGCAGCGAGUGGACAAGAUUUUCAGCAAGAUGGAUAAGAACAAAGAUGACCAGAUUACACUGGAUGAAUUCAAAGAAGCUGCCAAGAGCGACCCUUCCAUUGUAUUACUUCUGCAGUGUGACAUUCAGAAAUGAGCGGAGGUCAAUGCUAUGGACCGCACCGAAGUCUCAAUGUUCCAUUCAGUCUGCAGCUAUUCACACACACACACACACACACACACACACACACACACACACACACACACAGAUAUUGCUUGGACUACCUAUACAUGGACUUGCUUCUUGUGUUUGAAACACUUGUGUGCAUGAGAAUGUCAUUUGCUAAUGAAUUUUCAAAAGCGUAUAUUAUAAAACCAACCAACCAACAACCUGCCACAAUGUGAUAUGUGUAAUAUUAUUUCAUACCUAACUCUCCUUCUCCAAAGCCUGGCCAGAAAUGUGCUGCAAAGAGUUACAUGAUUCCUUGUUCCUGUUUUGCUAAUGCUUGUGUCUCCUUGAUUACACGAUGUUAGUGGCUCUGAGGCCCCUCCCCCCUGCCACGGUAACGUAAUUUAAUUAAUUCUGUGUAUCGCCCUUCUCCUGUAAAAUAGUCCUGGACAGACACGCAGAGGGGCCCAGGGCUCCUCCGUGUGGUCCCCACACAAGAACUUGUGUUACCAGUGAAUAGAAAUGUACGACAUUUGCAUGCCCUUUAGGUUUGCCUUAACUCUCACCUCCUUUGCAUCUUCUCAAUAUGGAAAGAGCUGUUUUGGAAUUAAUGCAAUAGAAAACUUAAAAGUCCUGCUAGAUGACUCAUUCAUUAAGUAUACCUAUCUAUAUAUGCAUACAAAGAUGUUAUUUAUUGAAAGUAAAAAAAAAAAAGAUGAAAGUGUAUUGAUUUCUGCUUGAAUUUUCAAAGGCUUCCGAAGAGGUGGCAAAAGAU